UCAACCAGGACAGUUCCCACGCACUUUUUCAAGACUCUUAUCUGCUCCCACACUUGGGGAAGUUCCCAAUGCAACCUAUCAGUCCAUCACCACCACGAAUACCACCCAGGAGAGGUGGGGAAAGGAGUUUACCACAUGGUCACUGGGUGUGAGCAACCGUUCCCUGUCCCUGUGGCUUCCCACUUGUGGCUCCCACCAUGGCCUGGAGUUUUGGGUGGAGUUUUUCAAAUAAAAGCCCUCAGCAUUGCAGGACGGCACAGUGGUGAGAUCUUAGCUUCACCAGGCUCAUCUAAGCUGCUCCAGGAAGGCCCAAGCCAGACCAGAAGACAUGCAGAUCAUCACCACGGCCCUGGUGUGUUUGCUGCUAGCUGGGAUGUGGCCAGAAGAUGUGGACAGCAAGAGCAUGCAAGUACCCUUCCACAGAUGUUGCUUCUCAUUUGUGGAGAGAGAGAUUUCCCUGAGGGCAAUCCGGUGUUACAGAAAUACCAGCUCCAUCUGCUCCAAUGAGGGCUUAAUAUUCAAGCUGAAGGGAGGCAAUGAGGCCUGCGCCUUGGACACAGUUGGAUGGGUUCAGAGGCACAGAAAAAUGCUGAGCCACUGCCCAUCAAAAAGAAAAUGAGCUGAUUUCUUUCCAUUAUGGGCUCUGGAAACCACGUGGCUUCACCUGUCCCCGAAACUACCAGCCCUACACCAUCCCUUCUGCCCCGCUUUUGCUGGGUCACAGAGGAUCUGCUUGGUCUUGACAAGCUACGCUGUUGCACUUUAUACAUUUAAAUUAUACAAUCAUGAACCCCCAA